UUCGAGUCUUCGUCCGGUAGAUUUUCCCAGGGUUUUUUAUUCUUUGCGUUUUCGUUCCGGAAUAUAGGGUUUCUGUUGUGAGGUUAAUUUAGGGUUUAGAUUAUGCUUUCUCUCACCGUUUCUGCUGGUUAUUAAUUAGGGUUGUUUAUACGAUUUGAGGGUAUAAAUUAGGGUUUUUAACAAGCAAUUCGUACUGUUUUCACGAUUUUAUCUACUAUUUAUCUGAAACAAUGCCUCCACGGAUGGUGAAGAGAGGUGCUGCGGAAGCGGGGUCGAAGAGGGCUGUGAGAGCCUCGAGAGGGGUAGCCAAGGGACAGAAUCAGCAACCGGAAGCUGCUGAAGUGACGCCAAAGACGGAGGAAAGGCUGGCCGUUGAUGAAAAGCCUUAUGUGGAGAAGCAUCUUGUUGAGAACAAGCCAAUUAUAGAAGAAAGGUCAGGUGUCGAAGAUGAAAUUGGAGCCAAAUUCGAUGCCAACGGCUCGGCUUCUUUGAAAAAAGGGGAAGAUGUGAAGGAAUCUGUAGAUGAGUAUGAAAAAGAUGAGCGGUUGGAGCUUGAUGAUAAUGAACCUGAAUAUGAACCUGAAGAAUACGGUGGGGUGGACUAUGAUGAUAAAGAAAUUGAAGAAGAGGAAAUUCAGGAGGUGGAGGUGGAGGUAGAGGUUGGAGAUGAAGUGGAGGAAGAACAUGAGGGUUGUGUAGGUGAAGAAGAAGAGGGUGAUCUGGUGGAGGAGGAAUUGGAAGACGUUGCUGAAGAACUGGAGGGUGAAGAGGAUGAUGAGCAUACUGGUGAAGAGGCAGAUCAUACUGAGAUGGUUGAUGCUGAGGAAGAGGAUCACCAUGAGGUUUUUAAGGAGAGACGCAAGCGUAAGGAGUUCGAAGUAUUUGUUGGAGGUUUAGACAAGGAUGCUAAAGAGGAUGAUCUUCUGAAAGUGUUCAGCCGAGUUGGUGAGGUUACUGAAGUCAGGUUGAUGAUGAAUCCCCAGACCAAGAAAAACAAGGGAUUUGCAUUCUUGCGUUUUGCAACUGUGGAACAAGCAAAAAGAGCCAUUACAGAGCUCAAAAAUCCGGUGAUUAAUGGGAAAAAAUGUGGUGUUACACCAAGUCAAGACAGUGACACUCUUUUCUUGGGUAACAUUUGCAAGACAUGGACGAAAGAAGCUUUGAAAGAGAAGUUAAAACAUUAUGGAGUUGAGGAUGUUGAGGAUUUGACACUGGUAGAGGAUAGUAACAACAAGGGAAUGAAUCGUGGGUUUGCCUUUUUGGAAUUUUCAUCUCGUUCAGAUGCCAUGGAUGCUUUUAAGCGUCUUCAGAAGAGAGAUGUUUUAUUUGGGGUUGAUAGGCCUGCAAAGAUUUCGUUUGCAGAUUCAUUCAUUGACCCUGGUGAUGAAAUCAUGGCACAGGUGAGGACUGUAUUUAUUGAUGGUCUGCCUGCUUCAUGGGAUGAGGAUCUUGUUAGAGAGCUUCUAAAGAAAUAUGGGGAGAUUGAAAAGAUUGAGCUUGCCCGGAAUAUGCCAUCUGCCAAGAGAAAGGACUUUGGUUUUAUCACAUUUAAUUCUCAUGAUGCUGCAGUGACUUGUGCUAAAAGCAUUAAUAAUGCGGAGUUGGGUGAAGGAGACAACAAGGCUAAAGUUAGGGCCCGGUUAUCAAGACCACUUCAGAGAGGAAAAGGAAAGCAUGCAAGUCGUGCAGAUUUCCGAGCUUGGUAUGGGGGUAGAGUUGCUAGAGGUCCAUGGGUUCGUCCAACAAGAAGAAUCGGAAGUCGUGCUGCACCAGCCAGUGUAAAGAGGCCUGUAGGAUUGAGAGACAGACGUCCACCUGUGAUGUCAAUGCCAGCAAGAGGCAGGCCCUUGCCACCUCCUCCCAGGUCCUACGAUAGAAGAGCGCCUGCUCCAUCUUACCCGAAAAGUAGCUUAAAGAGGGAAUAUGGUUGGCGUGAUGAACUUCCUCCUCCAAGGAGCAGAGCUCCUGUAGAUUAUGGUUCUAGGGCUGUGCUAGAGAGACGGCCAUCCUCCUAUAGAGAUGACUACUCCUCACGUGGCUCUGGCUAUUCGGAUCUUCCUAGGGGCACAUCUCGUACUUCGGCAAGGAGAGCAUAUGUAGAUGAUAGCUAUGGUCAAAGGCUGGAGAGGCACCCUCCAAACUACCAUGAAGGACGAGCCCGUGAUUAUGAAUCAAUUUCUGGGUCAAAACGUCCUUAUUCAUCAAUGGAUGAUGCUACACCACGUUAUGCUGAUACUGGUGCUCGCCAUUCAAGGGCUAGAUUGGACUAUGAACUUGGUCCUAGUUCUUCUCAAUAUGGGGAUGCAUAUGGUGAUAGAAUUGGUAGAUCCAUUGCAGGAUAUGGGGGCAGCAGAAAUUCUAUUUCCAGUCAGGAUUCACAUGGCCUAUAUAGCAGUCGUCAGGGUAUGGGUUAUGGAGGUUCUUUUGGUGGCAGUGACGGUGGUGGAAUGUACCCCUCAAACUAUGAUGGUGAUUAUAUGUCGCGUGGCAGUGAUGUUGGUGGUAGGUCAUAUUCAUCAAUGUACUCUAGUCGUGGCUUGGGUGGCAGCAGUUACAUGGGUUCUGGUGGUUCAGGAUCAUACUAUUAAUAUUUUGGCAUCUCUUUUGAUUCCUAAGAGGUGGGAUUGGACAAAAAAGGAACCCGUGGUCACAAAUUAAUUUGUCUAUGGAACAGAUUUGACAUGACAAAAAGGCUGCUUUAGGAUGUGGGCUAUUUGAAGCUAAUGCAUCGUGAUGCUUGGAUUUUUGGAGGCAGCGUGUUCUCAAGGGUAGUAGCCUCUAUAUGUUGUGGAAAAUGUUUGAGCUUCUGUAGUAAAGAAAGGGCACCUUUGGUUCAAAUCUUUUUUUAGAUCUCCAGAUUGGAUAUUUAUUAGUCCUAAGCUCUAAUGAUGGAAGGAAAAUUUCACUCCUUUAGUGAUGAAAAUAAGAAUUGCUUAGUAUAUGUAUGACUUUGAUCUUUUGUUCUCCAUCUUUAAGUUCUUCAACUAUGGACUUGGGAAGUCAUGCUGCAUCAUCUGUUUUGAUGGACAGCAUGCUUAUUGACAUACUGGGCAUUUGUGUAUUGUAAGGAAUUUUUUGGAUAUUUAUUGUGCUAAAUUCACUAGAUAUGCUUCUGACU